GUCGUUGGCGGAAUAAUUCGCUCUGGCGACAUCUGCGAACCGGUGGACCCGCCGACGAGCGAUCCGAGGGAACCGCGAAUUUUUUCAAACGAUGCCGGAGAGUGAGGCGAGUGAGAUUGAAGAGACGACUCCGCUGCUGGACGAGUCUCAGCCCGACUCGGAACAGAGACCGCGGAGCGUGAGGACGAAGGUGCCGGAGGUGGAGAUCCAUCUGUAUCGGUGCGGCAAGGGCCCGAUCGAAGUGUUCAAGUCGAAUCUCGGUGGUUGGGAGCAGGACCAGCUCGAGGUCCGAACCAUCCUCGACAAGUAUGGCUUCAAAUCCAUCUACGCCUUCAACGUUGAAUCCGGUCGCGGUGCCCCGAUCCGAUUCCAUCCGAGGAACGGCCGCUCUAUGCUCCCCUACAAGGAUGGUGCCGUCAUUUACAUCGACGGAGAACCCAAAGAUUCACUUCUCCAACCCAUCACAAGAAUCAUCCUUGGGGUUGCGGUUAUCACCCUCUUGAUAACGUUUUUAGUGAAGGACCCUCCUGAGUGGAUAAAGAAAAAUGUCUCAAAGGGAAAUUUUCCGCCGUGGGUGCUAGCUUGCAUGGUGAUCGUUUUCACACGAGCAAGGAAGAGAACCAGAGAAUUCCUCAGGAAGUACGGCUGGUAAUGUAACGUUAUGGAGAUGACAACUCUCCUUUCUUUGCUGAUUUUAACCAUAUGAAUGUAUGUCUUGUGGUCUUGAUCCAGCGUCUCUUCUUUAGUCGAAGAACCGUUUCCGGAUUUGAUCGAGUCUGAUAAGUGGAAUGCUGUCUUCAGGACAAUGAGAGGGCAGCAUUAUCUGCAUCUGUUGAAAUCUAUACUUUCUUUAUUUCUAUUUCUUUUUUAUUGCAAUGCUGUAUUGGUGGGGAAAGGGAUGUAAUUCUCAUUCGCUGCUUUUUUCUUAUGCACUCCCUGUGAUAUGAUAGAUGAAAAGAAAAGGUGUACAGUUGUGAAUUGUGAUCCACCAAGACGUCUCAAAAUGAGAAUCCAA